UUCAAUUACAUAAAUGCCCUCCACCAUUAAUGUGUAUUACCUAAAAUGACCUUACCACUCAUGUUAGCCAUUAGCAUUACUUUACCUUCACAAUCCCCUCUCUCUCUCCUGUUUCCCAGUAGCAACGAAGUGAUUAUUGUUGAAGAUGGCAGCGAGUGCUGUGGAUGCGACGGGGAACCCGAUCCCGACAUCAGCGGUGUUAACGGCUUCAUCGAAGCAUAUAACGACAAGAUGCUUUCCGGAGAACGUGGAAUUUCUUAAGUGCAAGAAGAAGGAUCCAAACCCGGAGAAAUGCCUCGAUAAAGGCCAGCAAGUCACUCGCUGUGUCCUUGGAUUGUUGAAAGAUCUUCACCAGAAGUGCACAAACGAGAUGGAUGCUUACGUUGGUUGCAUGUAUUACUAUACAAAUGAAUUUGAUUUGUGUCGCAAAGAGCAACAAGCAUUUGAGAAAGCUUGCCCUUUGGAAUGAUUGGCAAACGGAACUAGUAAUCAGCUCACAAUAAUUUAGGUCACAAAACAGUUUGUGAUGAGCAAAUACUGCUGGUGCUAAAAAUUUUCUUUUUCUUGUGCCAAUAUUGUCUCACUUCUGGUACGCUCAGAUUGUACUUUCAGAUUGCAUUCAAAAGAAAGGAUAGGAUGUUUUCCCGUGCUUAA